AUGUCUUCUCCACCUGCAAAAGCCCAGCAGCACUCUUCUAAUCCAUCUCGACGCCGUAAACGAAAUCGAAAACGCUUCAAUCAGCCGACUGCACAGGCAAAGCAGUCCCCAUUCACCGCACCACACGAGCCCACGUCCAGCCCAACUAGUCAGCUUUCUUCCACCACCGCGUCGCAAUCUUCGUAUAGCACCAGAUCCUCCACCGAAUCCACAUCAACUAAUCUGACUUCUACAUCUCUGCCAAUACGAUCCCUGUCAACUUUCCAUGCUCACGAAGCUUCUUCCACCGUAUCCAGCAGCAAGGGUCCUACAAACCACUCAGUCUCGGUCUCGAGUUGCCAACCUCCAUCGCCUACAUUGUUGCUUACCGCCUUCAGUGCCUCACAAGAUACCACUAAAGUCAGCAAAGGACGUGGAAAAGGAAGAAGGGGAAAGCCAAAAGUCUACUCCAUGCUUCGGGAUGCAGAUGAUGCCAUCCAUAUCGAAAAAGCACACGACGCGUUGAUUGAAAAGGUCGGACAUGGAACGGACAAUAAGGAAACACAACCCACGUUUGAUUCCGACAAGAUGGACGCGCUCGUCCUCCGUGAAAGACAGCAACAAGAGACUGAGAAACGACAGAAAGAGACCGAGCAACGACAGAAAGAGACCGAGCAACGACAGAAAGAGAUUGAGCAUUAUUUACUAGUUGGAGACUACGCUUAUAAUCUGAUAAACUGCCUCAGAGCCGCAUUUCUAGCGACACGCACCGACCCUACGCAACAGUUCCCUGGACUCAAGACGCUGGACCAAAAACUUAAAAUUGAAGCGAGGCGAAGCAAUGGCUCCAAACAAAAGCCAAACUGCACCAAGAUCGUCAAGCGAUGCAACGACCAUUUAAAUGAAAAAGUUUUCAAGGAGGACAUUGUGGAUAUUCCAAUGGUUCGCUCCGCUCUAAGCGCAUGCCUUGUACGAAACGCUUACGCCCAUGUCAACUUGGAGGGGCGGAAGGCACGAAGAACGGCUCGAGAAACGGCAAGAGUAAAGUCGAGGGUUGACGCUGACAUUGAAAAGGUGCAAGGAGAUUCGGAAGAUGAUGAACAGCAUCGGCGCUUCAUGCGCGCCUACCCGGCUCUCAGCCAGUGGCUGGGAGAGCAGGACCAGAAAAAAUAG